AUGCAGGAGUAUGUAAUUAAAAAGGAUAAUAAAAGAAAGGAGGGUAAUAAAUGUCUUGUUAGUGUGACAAAAAUAGGAGAUAGCUUUAGUAAUAAAAACAGUUUUGAAAUUUUGGGAGAGAUUGAAGAGGAAGUUUUGGAUAAAAUGGAAGAGGAUGCUAAGAAUGAGAAGUUAGUUAUUCAUCAGAUUGAAGAUUGUGGUAGUGCUGAUAUGGGUUCUAAUGAAAUUGUGAAUAAUAAAAUGCUUCUGUCAAUUAAGGGAGAGGGGGAGAAAAAAGGAUAUGAAAGUGCUUGGAAUGUUAGGGGUUUGAAUAAAUCUGUUAAGCAGAAAGAGGUUAUUGAUGUUAUUAGGAGUAAUAACCUUGGUAUUUGUGUUGUGGUUGAAUCUCAUGUCAAUGUCUUAAAUCUUAAAAAUGUUUGUGUUAAGACUUUUGGGCAGUGGGAUUGGGUUUCUAAUAAUAAUAGCUGUGAGGCUGGUACUAGAAUUAUAGUGGGGUGGAAUCCUAGACUUUUUGAUGUGAUGAUGAUUUCUCAAUCCAAACAGGUUAUCCACUAUUAUGUUAAAUUUUGUGAUUCUGAUGGUGGCAUGUAUUUGUCUUUUAUAUAUGCUGCUUUGAAUUACCUUGAAAGAAGAUUGCUUUGGGAUAAUUUGAAGAAACAUAGCUUGGUUGUUAAGAAGGAAGCUUGGGGUUUAUUAGGUGAUUUUAAUGUUGCUUUAAAACCAUCGGAAUAUUCUGAAGGCUGUUCUAAAACACCCAAAGGAGUUGAAGAUUUUGUUGAUUGUUUAAGUUUUAUUGAAGUUGAGGACCUGAAUUCUUAUGGUUUUCAGUUUACAUGGAACAAAACUCCUGCUGGGAAUAUGGGUCUUUUGAAGAAGCUUGAUAGAGUUAUGGUCAAUUUGAAAUUUAUUUCUGACCAUCCUCUUGCCCAUGCUGUUUUUAAACCAUAUAGAAAUUCGGAUCAUUGUCCUGCUAUUUUAAAUUUACCUGUUGAUAAAGUGAAGUGGAAGCCUUCUUUUAGAUUUGCUAAUUUUAUUUCUGAGAAGGAGGAGUUUCUUCCUUUGGUUAAGGAGGUUUGGGAUAAUAAUAUUGAUGGUUUCUUUAUGUUUAAAGUGACUCAAAAGUUGAAGAUUCUCAAAAAACAUUGCAGGGAGCUGUGUAAUAAACAUUGGGGUGCUGGGAAAAGAAUUCAGAAGUUAAGAAAAGAGUUGGAAUGUAAACAACAAGAAAUUUACAGUAAUCCUUUUGAUUGCAAGAUUAGGGAAGAGCAUGCUAAUAUUCUCUUAGAUUUUAAUGUUGCUUGUAAUGAUGAAGAAAAACUUCAUGCUCAGUGUGCUAAGAUUAAAUGGUUACAGGAAGGGGACAAUAAUUCUAAGUUCUUUCUUAGAAUUGUAAAAAGCAGGGGUAAUAGUAAUCGUAUUCAGAUGGUUCUGAAUGAAGAUGGCAGAUGGGUGAGUGGGAAGGCUAUGAAAGAUAAGUUUGUUUCUCAUUUUAAUAAGUUUUUGGGUUGUAAGGAAGAUACUGAUCUGUCGGGAUUAAAUGAUGAUGUUUUUCCUAAAAAAUUGGAUAGUAGGGUGGCUGUUAAUAUGAUUAGAGUGGUUACUGAUGAAGAAAUUAAAGCUGCAAUGUUUGAUAUAGAUGACAAUCGUGCCCCUGGCCCUGAUGGGUAUUCUUCAAAAAAUUUUAAAAGUACUUGGUGCAUUGUUGGUCCGGAGGUGUGUAAGGCUGUGAGAGAAUUCUUUUGGACUGGAAAAUUGUUGAAGGGGAUCAAUGCUACGAGAUUAGUUCUGGUUCCUAAAGUGGAGGUUCCGAGGAAAGUUUCUGAUUUUAGACCUAUAGCUAGCUGUAAUACUUUUUAUAAGUGUAUCAGUAAGAUUAUAGUGAACAGGAUUAGAAAUUGUUUGGGUGAUAUUGUUAGUAAUAAUCAGUCAGCUUUCAUUCCUGGUAGAUCUAUCUUGGACAAUAUUCUCCUUGCUCAGGAGCUGAUGGUGGGGUACAAAAAAAGAGGGGAGCUCCUAAAUGGAUUUGGGUUUCAUUCAGUCAUGGUUAAAUGGAUUAUGGCUUGUGUUUCUUCCUCGUGGUUCAUGCUUAAUUUUAAUGGUGAAGAUCAUGGAAUUAUAAGGGAUGCUCUUGAUGAAUUCAAAAAGGUGUCAGGGCUGAAGGUGAGUACGGAAAAAAGUCAGAUUUAUUUUAGUUGUGUUAAGCCUAAUAUGAGAAGGAUUAUUUUGGGUAUCCUUCUUUUUGAUGUUGGGAGAUUUCCGUUUAAAUAUUUGGGGGUUCCUAUGUGUGUUACUAAGUUGUUUGAAAGAGAUUGUAAAAAGUUGAUUGAAAAGAUUAAGAUGAGAAUUUUCAAUUGGAAGAGUAAGACCUUAUCGUUUGCUGGCAGGUUGCAACUCAUUAACUCGGUCUUAACUUCUAUUCACGUUUAUUGGGCUUCGAUUUUUAAAAUUCCCAUUGCUACUAUUAAUGAGAUUGAAAAGAUGUGCAGAAGUUUUUUAUGGGCUAAUGGUGAGAUAGUCAAGGGGAAAGCUGAAGUCAAGUGGCAAGAUAUCUGCAAGCCUAAGGAGUAUGGUGGACUGGGAAUUAAGAAUUUAAGGAGAUGGAAUGAUGCUUUGCUUGCUAAACAUGUUUGGAAUGUGAUUAAUAACAAAAAUUCCUUGUGGGUGCAGUGGGUGAGAAUCAAUUAUAUAGGAAGCAGGAAUUUUUGGGAUAUUUUGCAGAAAAAAAGUAUGAGAUGGACAUGGAAGAGGUUUUUGGAGAUAAGAAAAACUGUUAGGCCUCAUGUUGUUUCGUGUGUGGGAAAUGGAGGGAACACUGCUUUAUGGCAUGAUUGGUGGCAUCCAAUUGGUAUUCUUUGUACAAUUAUUCCUAGAAGAGAUUGGGUUAGUAAUGGGCUUAGUGAUUCAUCUUUAGUUUGUGUUGUUCUUGAUUUUGAUACUUAUUCCUGGCCGAUUGAAUGGGUUAAUAAAUUCCCCAGAUUAACAGAAGCUCCCAUGUUUUGCAUUGAUUCUAAUAUGAAUGAUGUUGUUGGAUGGAGGGAUAAGAAGGGUAUAUGUAGAAAAUUCUCAUGUAAACAGGUGUGGAGUGAUUUAAAUAACUUUGGAAACAUAGUUCCUUGGCAUGAUAUUGUUUGGUACAACAAUUGUACCCCUCGCAAUUCUUUUAUACUGUGGAUGGCUGUUCUGAAUAGAUUAAAAACACAGGAUAGGGUUAGAGGUUGGGAAGUGGCUGAAUUUGGGGGUAUUUCUGCAUUAAGCUGUGUUUCUCAUAUUUGGAGGGAGAGAAACUCUAGACUUUUUGGCUCUAGAAGAAUUUCGGUUGAGGGGGUUAUAGCUAGUAUUGAAAAUGAGAUUCGUUUAAAGCUGUUGGGUUUAAGGAAAAGAGCUAAAAUGGUCAAUAAUAAGAAAGGUAUUGCAAUGGAUGGUGGUGGGCAAUAG